AUUUCGUAAUGUAUAAUUAAAGUAUUUGUUCAUAAAAAGAAAAAUGACAACCGACGGACAUGUAGCGUAUUUUACACGUACUGACAAUCCCACAUAUACCCCGGAAAUUAUAACAUUCCAAGAAAAGGAAACCUUAAAUGACGAUGGAUUAUUCAAAGAAAGUGAACAUAAAUUGCAUGAUGAUCAAUCUGACAAAACUUGGCAGUUCCAGGACAGCAAAGAUAUGCAAAUCAGUAGAAAUAGAUGGAGAUUUGGAACGGUAUUGUUUAUAUUAACGACACUUUUGUGUUUGGUGUUAACAAUUUAUUUUGCUACAUCCAGUUCUUACAAAAGUAUAAAUACUCAUGGACACUCAAGUUUACAACAAAAGACGGAGAAUAUUACAAAGAAUAAAGGAUUUACAGAGACGAACGGUCAUACAACUAAAGAAGAUGCAUGUGUCAGUUCCCCUUGUUUAAAUGGAGGAACUUGUUUAACAGCUGGAUGUAGCUACUAUUGUAUAUGUCCAAAAGGUAUCACGGGAUAUAAAUGUGCAGUGACUCCAUGUACAAGUUCACCCUGCUUAAACAAUGGAGAAUGUGAAGUAAAAAAUGAUACAUACCAAUGCGAUUGUCCUGUUGGUUUUAAUGGACCUGAAUGUCAAGAAACACCGUGCUCUGUGGAACCUUGUUUUUACAAUGGAACAUGUUCUGUCCUUGGGAGUUUAUUCAGCUGUGCGUGUACGGAGGGAUACAAUGGAUCAAGAUGUGAAGUAACGCCAUGCGCCAGUUCACCAUGUUUAAAUGGCGGAAGAUGCACACCUACCGGAAGUAGUUUUAUUUGUUCCUGUCCAACUGGAUACUUUGGAAAUCAAUGUCAAGUUCAAAGAUCAUGCCAAUAUGGUUGGAAGAUGCAUGAAGACAAAUGUUAUUUCUUCAGCAGUAGCAACAAUAAUUGGAGAGAUGCCAAGAGUGAUUGUCAAUACCUUAACAGUAUGCUUGCAGAACCAAAACAGAUGAGUGAUAUAAACUUUCUGAAAUCAAAUGCGAAAAAGUUCCGGAAAACUUUUUGGCUUGGAGGAUCAGAUAAAGUUACAGAAGGUGUGUGGGUAUGGACAACUAGUGGACAGGGGUUUACAGUAACAGAUUGGCAUACACGUACUGUACACGAACCAAAUAAUUCGAAUGGAGAAGAACAUUGUCUGGACAUGCAUAAAAACUUAGAUUAUGAAUGGAACGAUGACAAAUGUCGGAAUGAGAAUAGAUUCAUAUGCGAAAAACCAUUGGAGUAAACAUUAUGACAAAGACAGACCAGAACACGUGGUGACAUUUAAUAGAACAUGAGCAUAUACCUGUAACAAUUUUAAUGUUACUUCUGUUUUCAAUUUUAUGUUUAUCUGUAUCGAGCAUAUCUGUAUAUCUGCAUAAUUCUUGUAAAACGCUUUUGAAAUGGGAUCACUCAAAUCAAAUCUUUUACUAUUGAUAUAGUGGUGCAGCGGAGAACAGAUUUUUUUUGUACCUCAUGAAAUGGUGGAUUGAUUCUUUUUUUUAUAGCGCUAACCUUCUCACUUGUAUGAAAGUUGCAUCAAAUUCCGUUAUUUUUACAACGAGCGUGAACAAAACAGACAUAAUCGGUAAAAUAGUCAAAAUAUGGUUAAAAGCAUCUAUCAAAUUAAAACUUACAUAAUAGUUAUUGAAAAACUGGUUAUUAUCGUGAUAAACGGACUGCCCACAGAACAGUGGUAUUGACUGAGGCAGCAAUAAUGACCUCGCAUUAUCGCUGUCUCAGUCAAUACCAAUGUCCUGUGGGCAGUCAAUAUAUCACGAUAAAUUUCACACUGUUCAAAUAACCAAAAAUAAUGCAUUACUUGUUAUGUUUCUAAUUAUUGUAACGUUGUUACAUACCUACCGUCAUCUAUUAUAGUGUUAUUAAUAUAUAACUGGCUGUUACUGUAUUGGCAAUGGUAUAGAUUCAAGACCCGUAGGAGAAUCUAUACCAGUGCCAAAACAGAAACAGUCAGUUCAAAACACUUUUAUUCAAUAAUCCAUCUUUUCAAUACCGACUUGUUCUGAAUGCUGUAUUACAUACAUCAAAUGUGAAUAUUUGGCUAAUAUUUCCAAUACGGACUGGCAAUGAAUCCUGAAUUACAUGCACAAUAUAUGUUUAUAUGUUAUUCAGGAUUCAUAUGAAAUAUUUGACCCGACUGAAAAGCAAUAUAGAUCACGUGAUUUAUAUGACCAGGAUGACUUCAUCAGUAUUACACAUGCCGUUUUGGUAGUAUUAUGGCUGAUUAAGUACCAAACUGCUCCACCAUCCUCACAGCUAUAUAUGUUUUAUAGUAUCAUAUUGAGACACUUAAGAUUUUCACUGUGUAACAAUACGGACAUUAAAGGUAUUCAGGCAAAGUUGACUUUAGAUGAAUUUGGCCAUUUAUUUUAGAUAGUUUUGUCAUAUAGCUCUUCAACGGUUUCGGUACUUAUACAUCUUCUGAUUUCAAAUAUUUGUCUUUAAGCGUUCCUGAUGAAAGUAAAUCUAGAAAAGCGCUUCGGACGCAUAGAAUUAUUCAAAGUGUUGUUUUCAAUUUUUUUAGUAUAUAUUUGUAUUAUACAGUAAAUCAUAGAAACUGA